AUGGUUCACUCGUCUGUUUUAUACCACAAUGAAAACCAGACAGUGCUCCUCCUUGAUCUGCCUCGUUCAAUCGAGGAAGCUCAACUUCUUCCAAGCGAGCUUGAUGAUGGCGCGCUAACUCCGGCGAAGCGCCGGUUCCUGAUCUCAGCAGAACCUCCAUCAUCUCCGUUUUCGACUCCGGAGCCCAAAUCGAAAUUGCUGUCAUCCGCGGCCAGCGCCGCCCCGACUGCUUCCGCUCAAAUAGCAGAGUUGAUGACUCGUUCUGCUGCUGAAUCGGCCCUGGAAUACAUUCAACGCUCUUAUGCCGGUGAAUGGUGUUUACCGCGUCACGGUCCGCCGAAAAGAGAUUGCUCAACGACAAUCAACCACAAUGGGAAGCGGGGUUUCGAUGGAGAGAUUGCCAGCGAAGAGAUUGGUGAGGUCGAGGACGAAGUCAAAGGACGUGACGAUGUCUCUGGUGAGACGCCGCCAAACCACUCCCAUUACAUCAUCCCAACGGCAUCUCAUUACCUGCUUGGCACGGUGAGGUCUCAGCGAUCUCAGUUUCUUGCGACAGCGCCGCCCAAGUUUGACCUGAUCCUCAUGGACCCGCCUUGGCCCAACCGCUCCGCAAAGAGGAAAAGGGGCAGCUACCAGCCCGUUCGUGACACGGACUCUAUAAAGGACCUCCUCUCCCAGAUUCCUGUCGCAUCGCACCUGUCCGAGGAUGGUCUCGUUGCUGUGUGGGUUACGAACUCGGCGCGAGCUGCUGAGCUUCUCACAUGCCCGAAGGGCAUCUUUGAUGAGUGGCAAGUCGAACUGGUGGGCGAGUGGAUCUGGCUCAAGGUGACCACGGGCGGAGAGCCCAUUGUGAGUCUCGACUCGGCUUGGAGGAAACCAUGGGAACGGCUUCUUCUCGCUAGGAAACGUGGGACCGCUGGACCGGACGUCAAGAAACGAAGCCCUAUAGAGACUAAGGUUAUCGUAACGGUGCCGGACAUCCAUUCCAGGAAACCAAAUCUUCGAGGUUUGUUCGUGGACCUUCUACCACCCAACUAUCAAGCUUUGGAAUUAUUUGCCAGAAACUUGACGGCAGGUUGGUGGAGCUGGGGUGACCAGUGCCUGCUUUUCCAACACCGAAGCCGUUGGAUAGACGUCGUCUCGGAUGAAGAGCGCGAAGAAGGUCUGUCCGUUCCUCCAAAAGAAAGGUGA